GUCAACUUCAGAGAAAAGACAGUUUCAGUCGGAUGUCUCUACAGUGGCUGGAGUUGAUGUCCAAACAAGAUGGUAUCACUAUUCAACACGCUCUCAAUGGCGGAGAAAAGACAUUACCGGGAAUACGGUACAAAUUGGAUGGCUACUGUGCCGAAACCAAUACGGCUUACGAGUACCACGGUUGUGUCUUUCAUGGUUGUCCCGUCUGUUACGCAGAGGACACAAUUCACCCAUUAACUAGCCGGUCAAUGCGAGAACUCUACGUCAUGACCCAGAAGAAAAAGACGUAUAUUGAGCGUCUAGGAAUGACCUACAAAUGUAUUUGGGAACAUGAAUUUCAAAAUCAACUCCAUUCUGAUCCGAAACUUCAACAAUAUGUGACCUCUUUGGACUUUACUGACCGACUGGAUCCCCGAGAUAGUUUCUUUGGUGGUAGAACCAAUGCCAGUCGGCUUUACUAUAAAACUACAGGUGAUGAACAAAUCAAGUACAUCGAUUUUACUUCACUCUAUCCGUGGGUCAAUAAAUACUGUCAAUACCCUGUAGGACACCCUGAAAUAGUAACAUCAAAUUUCAAAACAAUCAGUGACUACUUUGGUAUUGCCAAAGUAAAAAUACUACCGCCUAGAGGACUCUAUCACCCAGUACUUCCUUACCGUUCAAAUGGAAAACUCAAGUUCCCACUAUGUAAAACAUGCGCCGAUACAGAAAACCAAAAUGAUUGCAUCUGUUCGAAAGAUGAAAGGGCGAUAAUUGGAACCUGGUGUACACCGGAACUUCAAACGGCUGUACAGCAAGGAUACACAAUCAUUCAAAUCUACGAAGUGUACCAUUGGUCUGACACGACAAAAUACAAUCCCUCUUCACAAGAUGGGGGUCUGUUUGCCAAGUACAUCAACACCUUUCUCAAGUUCAAACAGGAGGCAAGCGGUCCUCCCGACUGGAUCAAAACUGAGGAGGAUGUCCUCAAAUAUAUCAAUGACUACUUUCAAAAGGAAGGCCUCUCGCUACAGAGUGAUAUGAUCCUUAAAAAUCCCGGAUUGAGGGCGUUGGCCAAGUUGUGUCUCAAUAGUUUCUGGGGUAAAUUCGGACAACGUCUUAACAUGCGACAAACACAGUUUUUCCACCAGUCGGAAGUGGACAAGUUUUUUCAAAUAUUCACUGAUCCUAUGAAACAACCGCAGAACUUUCACAUCGUCGCUGAAGACACACUUCAAAUGGAAUGGACGUACAAGAAUGACUGUCUACCUGUGGAUAACAAAACCAACAUUUAUUUGGCCACAUUCACGACCUGUUGGGCCAGACUUAAACUCUACAGUGUAUUAGAAGAUUUGGAUCGUCGAGUAAUCUACUUUGAUACCGAUUCUAUUGUCUACGUGAGUCAACCCGGUCAGUACGAUCCACCACUAGGUGAUUAUCUGGGUGAACUCACCGAUGAGCUGAGUGAAGGUGAACACAUUGUCGAGUUUGUGUCUGCAGGUCCAAAAAACUACGCAUAAAAGACCAAUACAAACAAAGAAACCUGUAAAGUGAGAGGUUUCACUUUACAUUUUACAAACAGUCAAAUGAUCAACUUUGACAGUGUGAAACAGAUAGUUACAUGCCCAGAAGCGCUAUCAGCAGUAACAGUAGUUAAUCCGAGAAAAAUAUGUAGGGACAAAAGAAAACGAAAGCUCUACAAUAGAAAAGAAGAAAAAACAUACCAAAUGGUAUACACGAAACGUAGAAGAAUAGACAACUUUGAUACGGUACCUUAUGGUUACUGAAAGUAAUUAGUUUUGGAUUGACCUUUGUUUAACAUUGUAAAUAAGAUAUGUACGUGACUAUUUGUUUUUUAUAUGGUUUUGGCAUGUUUUUGUACUGUUAUUGAAUAACCAUUUUAUUACCUGAUUGUACAUAUCAUAUUUGAUAUUGUUUUACUGUGGCAUGUCUUGUUUGAAAUAAAAGAACAUAUACGAUA